AUCCUCUCUGGCACUAUGGUACUUAAAACCCUUAGCAAUAUAAGAACUUGCACCAUCUCCUCUUAGAAAGAUACAAAUACAGGAUAUCAAAUCCACUCUUCUAGCAUUUUCAGUACCUUCGAAUUUUAACAGUUACUUUCGAAAAAUUCAUUAAAAUUUCAUAUAUAUAUUGAAAAACAUGCAAUGGUUCUAAGGCGUGCUUCCUUUUUAGGAGUAGGUGAGAAGUCUAUAUGGCCAUAAGAGGCGAUGUUAUAUAUGCCUAGACUUUUCAUUCUUCUUCGGUUAUAAACCAGAAAAGCUAGAUAGAGGCAAAACACAAAGAGGGUAUAGUAGGAGAUGUUUUUUUGUCUCUAACUUUAAGUGGGCGAAGAGAAGUUCAUUCAUCAUCAAUCAAUACAGAAUUCAUAGCUAUAGUAAUUUAAGAUGACUUCUUCAAAUAGGCACUGGCCUAGUAUGUUCAAAUCAAAGCCCACCUACACCGCUCAUCAGGACCACCAUGGCUCGAACCAUGUUGUCACUUCUGCUCCCCACAGAUCAUCUCCUCACACUUAUGGAUGUGACGAAAGGACCCCGGAACCAAAGCCUAGAUGGAAUCCUAAACCCGAGCAAAUUCAGAUCCUUGAAUCCAUUUUCAACUCAGGAAUGAUAAACCCACCGAGAGAUGAAAUUAAAAAAAUCCGAGCUCGACUGCAAGAGUAUGGCCAAGUCGGCGACGCCAACGUCUUCUACUGGUUCCAGAACAGGAAAUCUAGAAGCAAAAUCAAGACCCGCCGCCUCCAAAAAUCACAAAGUCGCCAAGCUCAGCCUGUCUCUCCGGCUGCCACCAAGGCAGCAACCACCUCUUCAUCGUCCUACUCAGACAAUUCCUCAUCCAAGUCAACCGAGUUCCUUUUGCACUCCUAUUUAGGUGGUGGUGGGGGGGCUGGUUCCCACCACCAACACCAUGGACAAUUCUUUCAGGAAUCGUUCUCUUUCCCUGUGGUGCAACAAGAAUCUCUGGCACCUACGACUGCGAGUUGCACACAAGAUUUCUUCUUUCCCGAUGUGAGCACGAUGAUUAAUCAGGAAAAUCGUCCAAUGAAUAAUAAUGACCACACGGUUUUGAGUAGCACUAGCAUGUCGUUUACUGAUUUGAUGAUGAAUCCUCAAUAUGGAAUCCCAAAUAAGCAUUCUAAAGGCAACGAGGUUGAAGAAGAGGAUAUUAUCAAAACGUUAACUCAUAACACACCAUCGCCACCAACGACAGCUUCUACUUGCAUAACACCACCACCACCACCUGCAGUUCCUACUGCACUUGUCCCUCCCGCUCCUACUUCAAGUAUUAUUCCAUUAACGAUAAAUGAUGUUGAAGGUGAUGAGGGAGUUGGAAUGGGGAAGAAGUUAGUAGUGUUUAUCAACGAUGUGCCUUUUGAGGUGGCGUUUGGACCCUUUAAUGUCAAGGAGGCGUUUGGGAGUGAUGUGGUGCUCAUAGACUCCACUGGACAUACUGUGGUGACGAACGAUUGGGGGGUCACUACACAGUCUCUCCAGCAUGGUGCCUUUUAUUACCUCGUGCGUCUACACACAACUGAUCAUGCUGGCGUACGUUAUUGAUUUGAUCUAGAAGUAAAAUGAAGUAUAAUUUAAGGACUCUCUCCCUCCCUCUCCGUCAGCAGGGUUAUCGGAGCUAGUCAACUUUUAGAUAAGCUGGAUUAUAUGUAAGGGUGUUACGUAUAUUUUAUGCAUCUAGCAAGAAUC